GCAAUCAACUCCAUUGGUAUUUUGGUAUGUAAAACAUUGUUUAUAAACAUAUUAUUAAUUUUUCUAAUAAUUUGUUAUAAUUUGUAACAGUUGAUUUUUAAAGUCAUCAUUAUUAAUAUUAUUGAAUAAAUAUUAGCCAACAAUAUACAUUAACAAUAGUAUAUUUAUAAUGAAAAAAAAUAAUUAGAUCUAAUGUUGUUAUCAUCAUAAUCAUCAUUCCUAAAAUUCCAACUGAAACACGAGGCUCCAAAAUACAAUAAUGGCUGGUAUAUUUGACAUUGAGCUAGACAUUGCUCACAAGGAAAACUCAAGUGAGGAUGAUGAUGAUGAAAUUAUUGAUUUAACUGAGGAUGACUAUGACACUGGAUCAAGUUACAACGAAAUUAAUGAUAAUAGAAUUGUUGAAAAACUAUUGAUAUCUGAACAAAAUGUUGGUCAUGGUAGAGAACGAACUGGACCACAAGAUUUUGAACUUUGUAAAGUAAUUGGUAAAGGUGGAUAUGGAAAAGUAUUUCAAGUACGUAAACGUACUGGUAUUGAUAAAGGUGAAUUAUUUGCUAUGAAAGUAUUACGUAAAUCAUCAAUAUUAAAAAAUCGUAAAGAUACUGAUCAUACAAAAACAGAAAGAAACAUAUUAGAAGCUGUUAAACAUCCAUUUAUUGUUGAUUUAGUGUAUGCAUUUCAAACUGGUAACAAAUUAUAUUUAAUAUUAGAAUAUAUGUGUGGUGGUGAAUUAUUUCGUCAUUUAAAUAAUGAAGGAAUGUUUCUUGAUGAUACAGCAUGUUUUUAUUUAUCUGAAAUAAUAAUAGCACUUGAACAUUUACAUCGUCAUGGUAUAAUAUAUCGUGAUUUAAAACCAGAAAAUGUAUUACUUGAUAUUAAUGGACAUAUUAAACUAACUGAUUUUGGUUUAUGUAAAGAAAAUUUUACUGAGGGAAGUGUAACACAUACAUUUUGUGGUACAAUUGAAUAUAUGGCACCAGAAAUAUUACUUAAAAAAGGACAUGGUAAACCAGUUGAUUGGUGGAGUCUUGGUAUACUUAUGUAUGAUAUGUUAACUGGUUCACCACCAUUUACUGAUGAUAAUCGUAAAUUGACUAUUGAAAAAAUACUUUCACAUAAAUUAAUACUACCACCAUAUUUAACACCAGAUUCAAAAGAUUUAUUGAGAAAAUUAUUAAAAAGAUUUGUACCACAUCGACUUGGUUCUGGACCAUCUGGUUCUGAAAAAAUUAAAAAACAUAGAUUUUUUAAACAUCUUAAUUGGGAUGAUGUUGAAUCACGUAAAUUGCAACCACCAUUUAUACCAAGACUAUCAAGUGCUGAUGAUGUAUCACAAUUUGAUAAACAAUUUACAAAUGUUGCACCAAUUGAUUCACCACCUGAGCAUGCACUCAGUGAAUCAGCUAAUAGAAUUUUUCAAGGAUUUACUUAUGUAGCACCAAGUGUCUUGGAAGAAUGCAUGGAAGAAAUGCAAUCUGAUGUACAUAUUGUCAAAGCAAGAACGCGAACUGAUUUUUCAUCAAGAAAUAAUAAUUACUUUAGAAUUGAAAGUGAAGAAAAUGACUUAGGAGAUGCUGAAAUGAUAGACUUGACUUAAUUAUAAGUUCUUUUUUUUUUGUUUCAUUAUUUUUUUUUCCUAGACAAUUAUUAUAAUAAUCAUUUAGAAUUAUUAUUACUUUUUUUUUUUUGUUUUUUUCUUCCAGUUCAAUCUGUCGAGCUGCCAGAAAUUUUUUUUGAUCUCAGGGAUAUUAUAUAAAUAUUAAUCGUGC